AUGUGCAUGCAUGGCCACAACAGUCGCCAGACAGCCCUUCUCCUCAUCAUCGUCAUCACUCGUUUGCCUAGUGGAACAUCACCUCUUUUUGAGCCUUUGCCCAAUGCUACAGCGUCGAUGAAGAUUGUGUCGCCUCUCCUCACAAGUUGCUUGUAUCCUCUCCUCUAUAUCAGUCCCUCUGUUAUAAGCUCCAAUGUUGGAACCGAUGAGCGUCAGCUUGACACCUCAGCAUGGGUUGACACUGUGAGCUUUCGCAUGCCACUCAAACACAACCAUAUCCCCAAUGCCAAUGAAGUGAGUUUUGUGCAAUGCGUACGCUUUGGGUGUAUGCACCAUCACACCGUUUGGUCUGCUGGUGACACUUGCGGCUCAGUGUGGGGAGGAAAGUGGCUCGAGUCCAGUCUUCGUUGGUUUCGUGGUAACCACAAUACGAUGAAGUUGAUGUGGAAUGUGCUGGCAUUGGUGAAACACAACGUGGAAUUCCUUACAGUAAGCGCCAGACCAUUGGUUGGCACAGGCCGCACUGUGAAAGCCACCGUGGGCACAGAAGUUGGACAGCUCGUUCUUCGUAACUUGAAGCCUAACACACUGUACGUGGUGAAAGUGGAGGCUUAUCGCGAUAGAGUCGUUCUCGCCGACUACGAAACACGCGUUUAUUCAUGGCCAACCGGUGAGAUAUAUUCGUCUGUUUGCUUCUUCUUCCGCAACUCUGCCUUUACGUCUGCAUCACAUAAGUAG